UUUUACUGUAUUUGCGAUCAACUUUUAGUACAACGACCCAGCCUCGUGCGGACACGCAAUCUUUAAUACAUUUGAUGUGUUUUGUCACACCGCACCACAAAUAUCAAAGAUGGGGGAAAAAGAACAUGUGAAUUCUUGUAGUUCUAGCAUUGAUAAUUUAGACGAAUACAAGGAAAUAUCAGAGGGGAAAGCUAAAAUUUUAUUUCCUAAAGCUAACACAGUAUUUUACAACAAUGUUCAAGUAUUUAACAGAGACUUAAGUGUGGCAAUUAUUAAAAAAUUUAAUCAAAUACGCCAAACAGAAUUAAAAGGAAAACGGAAUAAUCAUCAAACAAAGAAACACGUAGAAGAUCAAAGCAAAAGUUCGUCGACUGCUGUGCUUAAUAACAAUGGUACAGAUAAGCCCUUGAUUAAUAUUCUUGAAGCUCUGUCUGCAACUGGAUUAAGGGCUGUGCGCUAUGCGCUUGAAAUACCCAAUGUAAGGAUUGUAGCAAACGAUUUGAGUAAGGAAGCAGUCAAAAAUAUUACAAGAAAUAUUAAAUUUAAUAAUGUUGAUGGUGUUGUUUCAAGUUCUCUGUCCGAUGCAAGUUUGCUCAUGUAUCAGCACCGCUUCCCAUUAUCUAGCCGGUUUCAAGUCAUCGAUCUUGAUCCAUAUGGUUCUCCUUGUCAGUUCCUAGACGGAGCUGUUCAAGCCAUUGAUGAUGGUGGAUUACUUUGUAUCACUUGUACAGACAUGGGUGGCCUGUGUGGUAACCAUGGUGAGGCUGCCUUUGCAAAAUAUGGUGCCAUGCCUUUUAAGGCUAAAUACUGUCAUGAAAUGGCAUUGCGAAUAGUUUUGGGUUGUGUUGAUUCUCAUGCUGGUAGAUACAAGCGUUAUAUAAAACCAUUGCUAUCAUUGAGUGCAGAUUUUUAUAUUCGUAUAUUUGUGCGUGUGUAUACAAGUGCUGCUGAAGUCAAACGUUCUGCAAGCAAAAAAUCAUAUGUUUUUCAUUGUAAUGGUUGUGAAACAUUCCAUUUACAGCCAGUUGGGAAAAGUGUUGAAGUUGGUGAUAGUAAAAAGUACAACCCUGCUUCUGGUCCUGUGGUGGGUAAAACCUGUGAAGAAUGUGGUUGUACCUUUAAAAUUGGUGGUCCUAUAUGGUCAGAGCCGAUGCAUGAUGUUGAGUUUGUUAAAGAUUUGUUGCACGAUGUAAAAGAGGAAAAGGAUUGUUAUGCAACUUUCGAUCGCAUCAAUGGUGUUCUUGCAGUGAUGUUAGAAGAAUUGGAAAACCAGCCAUUGUAUCUUGUGCUCGACAGUUUAUGUAACACACUUCAUUCCACAACACCAUCACAAGCACAGUUUAGAUCCGCAAUGUUGCACGCUGGUUAUAAAGUUUCCAGUACACAUGCAAACGAGGUUGGAUUCAAAACAGAUGCACCAGUUUCAGUCAUUUGGGAUAUAUUGCGCUGCUGGGUGAAAAAACAUCCAGUGAACUCAAAAAAGAUAAAAGAACGAUCUCCUGCGGCUGCACUACUUGAAAAAGAAGCAAAAAUGGAAGCAAAUUUCGAAAUAUUACCAGAAGCUACUCCAAUGUCAAAACAAUUGAAGCUGACUCGUUUUCCUGUUAAUCCGGAAGCUGAUUGGGGUCCUAAAGCGAGGGCUAGUACUAAAGGAUAUACCAGUCUCGCAGACAAAAGAAAAGAGUUACAAGGCAAAAGACAACGAAAUAAAGAGAAAAAUGACUUGAAACAAUUUCUAUGUAAACGAUUCAAAAGGGGUGAGUGUGCACGCGGAGAAGGUUGCAAGUUCUCGCACGCGGUACUGGACGAACCGAAACCUGGCGAAGAAAUGACAAAAGACAAUGUUAUGGAAACGUGACCUAUCACUGAUGUGGCCUUAUUUAUUUUAUGCGGUUAUCUUCAUACAAUUUAAUCUCAUAUAUUGACUGUGUAUGAAAGAUUUAUUACCGUAUAUCUGUCGACCUGGUAUAGAUUAUACGUGAGAUAAGUACAGAGAAUUUCCAAUUUGCAGAACUCUUUCGAAAAGAUUUAAAAUGAAGAUCAAAACUGCAAAAAACUUAAGACCUUGCACUACAUAUUGUAUGCUUCUCAUGGAAAAUUUGCGGAUCUAUUUUUAUGGUGCAAAUAAAAUCCCGAAGAAAAGA